UUAAAUCUCCUGUUUUAUCUCACUUGUUUUUAAGUAUUAUGCUCGAUUAGUGAUAAUAAACUAAUGGGAUGAUAUGAGUUAUCAAGGGACGUGUCAAAGGACCAAUGUUUACUACUUUAUUUUAUUUUAAAGUCUCAUAAGGAUGUCGGAAUUACCAGUGGAAUUGACAGCUAGGCCUUUAGCACUAAUUGGCCUAGCUGGCUUAGACAUUUCAUCCAAUGCAGUUCACCAUUCCAUUUGGGAUACUUUUAACUACAAUCGCAAACCUGAUGGUGCAGCUGUACAAUUCAAGUUGAUUAGUAGCACUCAUGAAUUCCCAACUGUCAAACCCAAGCGCAAUUCAUACGAGUGGUACAUCCCUAAAGGAAUUUUAAAGCGUAAUUGGAUGAAUAAGUAUUUAAAUGAGGUACCAGCUGUGGUUGUAGUCUUUUAUGAUUUAGAUUGGCAUGAUGCACAGUGGAACGAAAAAAAAAUGGAAUGUGCUUCAAGGGUGCAAUCAUUGAGAGCUGUUUUGGAAGGGAGGAAUACUAAAAUUGCCGUAGUUCUCAUACAAAAAGAAGCCCCACCACUACCUGGUACUGAAGAUUUAGUUGCCACUGAAAGAGCAACGGCGCUAUGUGCUGCUUGCGAACUGCCAGCAAAAACACUUUAUUUUUUACCCUAUGCAGAUCAUUUAUUGGGAUAUAUAUACAGAUUAGAGCAAGCAUUGUACGAUCUAGCCCAAAAUUUUUAUCAUCAAGAGUAUAAGAUUGUUAAAAGUCACAGAGAGCAAUUGAAUAAAACUGCACACCAAUAUUUGUUUGUCAGGCAUCAAUUUAAAAUGGCAUAUAUGAAUGAAUUGAGGCAGGAACAGAAUACAGCCCAUAAACAUUAUCAACAAGCUUACAAUAACUUAUUAGACAUAAGAAUGGUAGAUACGAAUUCUUUGGAAAUCAAGACAGUUGCGUCUUUCAUAAAUUACAAGCUAUGUAGACUGAUGUUCAGUCUUAAACUUCCUAAAGAAGCAAUAGCUCAAUUUCGAAGUCAUACUGAGCGAUUCAAGUCGAGGACUGGUCCAAAAGAGCUGAUGUUUGAGCAUCACGCCUGGAUGUCGAAUCAGUAUUCAACUUUUGCCGAACUUUUUGACGAAGCAAUAAGGCAAGGAUUACCAGCUGUGCAAACCCAGCAUCCAGGAUACUAUUUCCAAUUGGCUGCGACUCAUGCCACUCAGAGGCAUAAUUCCUGCAAAGAACUUUGUAAAAACGUAGAAAUAUACCCGGAUCCCAAUCCACUAGCUGGAGAGGAAAAAUUAGAGUUUUAUGGGCAAAGACCUUGGAGACCUGGAAAACUUAAUGCAGAGCCUGCUGAUAUGGCACGUGAAGCUGCUGCCAUUCAGGCUCUGCAGUACAAAGAAAAAAUGACGGUCAAUCAUUCAAUGAUAAUAAUAGGUUUGUUGGGCAAUGCAAUUUCACAAUUUAAAAUAUACAGGUGUCCACGGAUGCGUCGACUUUUAGUUGUUCAAAUGGCUGAGGAAUAUUUCAACUGUCAAGAUUAUGGAAAAGUGCUAACUCUACUAAUGCACAUGUUGUGGGAAUAUCGGAGCGAAAGAUGGCCGGUUCUUCUCACGGACAUAUUAAAAAGUGCUCUUAAUGCUGCAUACCUGUCUGCAAGUGUUCAAGAUUAUUUAACAUUGUGUUUAGAAGCAUUGGGGCCUACAACUACCUUUUCUAUGGAGCGCAAAACUGAAAUUUUCCAAAAUAUCAUGAAUAUUUUAAAGAGCAAGCCACCAAUUCCAGAACCAAAUAUUCCAGAAGAUUUAAAAAUUUCUGCGUUUGAAAAAUGGUCUGCUCAAGUGAAAAGAAGCGAACCCUUUAAUUUUACGAUUGACGAUGACAACAUGACGACCUUUAUUGAUGUUAAAGCUCGAUUUACUCAGCCAAAGUACACAGUUAAUUCCGUGGUUAUUAUAGAAGUUUUUGUCAGGAAUGCAUAUCACGAUAAAGUCGAAUUUUCAAAAGUAUCGGUAACAGUUACCAGUCCAGGUUACAAUUCGGAAUUUCCUGCAAGCGAUCCCAACCAGGGCAACCUCGAAUUCGACGCCAAUGAAGUCAAAACAUUCCUCUGCCGAUUCGAAGCUCCUCAACCAAAUGACACUCCCGAAAUUCAAAUUAGCACAAUUUCUAUUUACCUUGGAAAUGACAAAAAGUGCUGUGUCGUAUUGAAAUUUUCAGCUGCUGGAAGAGAAGCUGGUCUUCUCGACCGUUUAUAUCCCGAAAUUCAACAACUUCGGGGAGGAACGUUUGAUACUGUUAGACCACUAAUUGUUACCAAAAUUCAACUAAAAGAACUUAAUGUCGCAAUAAAUGUAGAUUCUAAACAACCGGCAAUGUUAGGUGAAUGGUUUCCUGUUAAAAUAUCUGUAUCUUCAGAUGAAGAUAUUUCUAGUGUAAAUAUAUUGAUUAAUUUACUGCAGGAUGCCAACAGUAGUGAACAAUCGACCGACUUGAGUUUAAAUAUGCAAGACAAGCAGUCUUCGAUUGUAAUUGAAAUUGACGUAGUUAAUGCUGGUAGUGCUGUUGAGCGGGUGAUAUACGUCAGAUCGCACAACGUUGGUGAUAGAAAUUUCAUGAUCAAAGUCGAUUACCUUAGAAGUAAUAAAAAAAAAGAUUCCAAAGAAUCUAUCUAUUCGCUAUGCGUUGUCAAACCUUUCGAUGUGUCCACUCAAUUUUACACUAUGCUCUAUGAGCCACUCACUAAGGCAUUCAUAGGCGAACCUUUGUUCCUCAUGCCUCACAUUACCAGUACAACUCCUUGGCCCAUUGAAAUCGAAGAUACUUCCAUAGAAUUGGGCACUUCGAUAGUCAAAGAAACGGAAUCGCCACAACUCAGUAUCUUGAGAAAAAAAGUUCUCAACGAAGGCGAGGCGGCUACCGAUGCUUACUGCAUUGUCCCGAAAAUUGGUAGCGAGCAGCCUGCAAGCACUGGAAUUUACACAAUUAAGUGGAAACGCUUUUAUUUAUUAAUUUUUAUCAACAUUAGAGCCAAUAGCGAAAACACAACGCUAACAAGUAGCAGCGUAACAUUGAGCCCGUUGUGGGUAGAGGACGCAAUAAUAAAUUUAGAAACAAAGUUACCACCCCACGGCUGGGUACUCACUCCCCUCUGCGUUUCGUACUUCAUUAAAAAUCAUUCCGAGUUUUUGAUUACUUUGCGAUUGAGUAUGGAAGCUAGUGAUGCUUUCAUGUUUGCUGGUCACAAGCAGAUAGAAAUCUGUAUUCUUCCAGAAAGCGAAAAAAAGGUCGAAUGGAUACUUCGGCCUCUGGUCGCUGGUUUUGUAGCUCUUCCAUCUCUGUCAUUGACUGUUCCGCCUGAUGAAGAGUACAAAUUAAAUAAGACACGGUUGGCCGAAGUCUUGGAAAGAUCUAUUCCAAGUCACAUAUACAUCAUGCCCAAGUCACAGACAAUAGAGGAAUGAGAUAAUAUCGAUGAUGUGCAAUCAGCAUUUUAUUUUU